AUGUGCCAGACCUACCGCGCACACAGGACACUCUGGCAUCAAAGAGGCGCCUCUGGGAAGGGACAGCACCCAGCAUGCGGGGUCCUACAGACCCCUUUCCAGAAUCAGGGCCCGGGCGGGCGGCACCCCGCGCCCGCCCGCUCGGCACCGGGCUCUGAUCGCCGCCCCAGGCGGCCUCUCCGACGCCCCCACCCAGGCUCCCCUCCGCCAUUUCGCCCCCAGCAGCCUCCCCCACAGCCCUCUCCUGGCACAGGCACCGUCGACGGCGGGGCGCGGGCGCCCAGAAAGCCCGCCCCGGGGAGCGGCCGGGCCGUUCGCAUCCCCAGGAUCCGAGGAAAGACCUGCGGCCAAGACCUCGCGCCCCAGGACCGGUCCGCGCCGGUCGCCGCCUCCUCAGCGCCAGGGGCGCAGGGUCCUGAUGGUCGGCCUCCCCCUCCCACCCCGCGCCCGCCCGCUCGGCACCGGGCUCUGAUCGCCGCCCCAGGCGGCCUCUCCGACGCCCCCACCCAGGCUCCCCUCCGCCAUUUCGCCCCCAGCAGCCUCCCCCACAGCCCUCUCCUGGCACAGGCACCGUCGACGGCGGGGCGCGGGCGCCCAGAAAGCCCGCCCCGGGGAGCGGCCGGGCCGUUCGCAUCCCCAGGAUCCGAGGAAAGACCUGCGGCCAAGACCUCGCGCCCCAGGACCGGUCCGCGCCGGUCGCCGCCUCCUCAGCGCCAGGGGUACCCUGGCGAUGCGCACCUCUCUCAGGGACCCGCUCCGACCCGGUUGCCUCCCCCUCGUCAGACUGCCAGGGUCCGCGGGGCAGGGUGUGAGCCGCUCGUUGCCCCUGAGACACCCCCGGUUGCCUUCGCAGGCGCAGGGUCCUGA